CGUGGAGCUGCGCUGCCCGCUCCCUGCCCGCUCCCUGCCCGUCCCUGCUCACCCCGAGCCGUGCCCCUGCGGGCCGGCGGCGCGGGGAUGGGCGCGGGGCUGUGAGGGCGCGGCGUGAGCCGGGGCCAUGGGGAACAUCUCGUCCAACAUCUCCGCCUUCCAGUCCCUGCACAUCGUGAUGCUGGGCCUGGACUCGGCGGGGAAGACCACGGUGCUCUACCGGUUAAAGUUCAACGAGUUCGUCAACACCGUGCCCACCAUCGGCUUCAACACGGAGAAGAUCCGGCUGAGCAACGGGACGGCCAAAGGCAUCAGCUGCCACUUUUGGGAUGUGGGGGGUCAGGAGAAGCUGCGCCCGCUCUGGAAGUCCUACAGCCGCUGCACCGAUGGCAUCAUCUACGUGGUGGACUCAGUGGACGUGGAUCGGCUGGAGGAGGCCAAAACGGAGCUGCACAAGGUGACCAAGUUCGCCGAGAACCAGGGCACCCCGCUGCUGGUCAUCGCCAACAAGCAGGACCUGCCCAAGUCCCUGCCGGUGGCCGAGAUCGAGAAGCAGCUGGCGCUCCAUGAGCUCACCCCUUCCACCACCUACCACAUCCAGCCCGCCUGCGCCAUCAUCGGCGAGGGGCUCACGGAGGGCAUGGACAAGCUCUACGAGAUGAUCCUGAAGCGGAGGAAGUCCCUCAAGCAGAAGAAGAAGCGGUAGAAGCCCCGCAGACGCGGGGAGGGAUUGGGGGAGCAGACAAAGGAACCGAGGGGGCGAGAGAACCAAAGCGAUUCUUUUGGGUUUAAUAGUUCUUAUUUUUGGUUUUCCUAUUUUUUUGUUUUCCUGCUUAUUUUUCUUCCCUCCUUUCCCAAUGCACAGACAAUAGUGGUGAUAACAAAGCCGCUCCUGCCAGCCAAGCCCAGAUCCCGGCUGCGGGCGAUGAGCCGGGAUCUCUCCCCUUUCCCACCGCCCCUUUCCGAGAACCACCGUGCUCCCAGGAGCCGGAUCCGGACGGAAACAUGCUUUUGGGGCCAGACCCCCUCCAUCCUUCGGGAUCACCGAGCUUUUGUGUGCCGGGGUGGGUGUGUGUGUAUGUGAACAGGGCAGGACCCUGUUGAAGUGCAUUUGAGAGGAGCCCAGCGUGCUUCUGGAUCUUUAACGUGUACAUUUGGGGGUGUGUGUGUGUAAAAGCAGCGCCAGGGCUCGGCAAGGUCAGCGGUGAGGGGGCUUCAAGCUGCGCCCCGAUGCUGCUGCAUCCUACUGCAUCCCUCCAUUUGUCGGUGGGAAGGGGUGUUGGAAGCCGAAGGGG